UCAUUCUCCUUUACACCCAAGAAAAUCAAAACACCUAAGUUUUCGUUUUUCCUUUUAAUUGGUGAAUUUGCGCAUCCUCAAUCCAGAAAUGUCGACCGAGAAGGAGAGAGAGACUCAUGUCUACUUGGCCAAGCUCGCUGAACAAGCUGAGCGCUACGAUGAAAUGGUGGAAAGCAUGAAAAAUGUUGCAAUGCUUGAUGUUGAGCUGUCUGUGGAUGAAAGAAAUCUACUUUCUGUGGGUUACAAGAAUGUGAUUGGUGCUCGUAGAGCUUCGUGGCGAAUCAUGUCUUCCAUUGAGCAGAAGGAAGAGUCCAAGGGGCAUGACAACAAUGUCAAGCUCAUCAAAGAAUAUCGUCUCAAGGUUGAGAAUGAGCUGUCCAAGAUUUGCCACGACAUACUGGCGGUCAUCGACAAGCAUCUCAUUCCCUCUUCUGCCUCUGCUGAAGCAACUGUUUUCUUCCACAAGAUGAAAGGUGAUUACUGUCGCUACCUUGCUGAGUUCAAGGUUGAUCAAGAAAAGAAAGAGGCAGCGGAUCUGUCCCUCAAGGGCUAUGAGGCUGCAUCUGCCAUCGCAAAUACAGAUCUGCCCUCUACCCAUCCUAUCCGUCUUGGUCUUGCUUUGAACUUUUCAGUGUUCUACUACGAAAUCAUGAAUUCACCCGAAAGGGCCUGCCAUUUGGCUAAGCAAGCAUUUGACGAGGCCAUUGCUGAUUUGGACACUCUGAGUGAAGAGUCUUACAAAGAUAGCACUUUGAUUAUGCAGCUUUUGAGAGAUAACCUCACUCUCUGGACAUCUGAUUUGCCCGAAGAUGGCGAGGAGAAUGUGAAUGCUGAUGAAUCCAAACCAGCAGAAGCUGAGAAUUAAUGCCGUGGUGCAAUAUUUGUAUCUAAAACUUCAUGUUCUUCCAAAGGGUGUUGUGUGUUUCAAGCUUCCAAGUAAAGCUGCAAUUGUAGGGAGAGUUGGGUGAAGAUCGAAUCCCCUAAUGUCAGAACAUGAUGGUGACUAAUAUUUACACAUUUUUGUUAUGUUA